AUGAGGCAGCCGGUAAAAAAGUUGCGACAGAUGGUGAAAAAGCCAGCUAUAGAAUAUAUACAAUUGAUAGAAGAUUAUUGGGAGGCGGAAGAGUGGGCCAAGAGGAACAACAGGCCCAAGAUCAACCCGACAUUUGAACCAGAUGACAUCCUUCCUCAGAGUCUAUCACCGGUCAAGGAUGAAAAGAAAAAUCCAGCGGACAAGGGUAUUUUCCUCGUUGACAUGAAUGACAGAGACCUGAAGGAAGUGGAAGAAUAUGAACCUUAUGAUAAUAGGGUUGUGGAACGCCCUACCACGAACACAGAAACAUUACUCCAUUUACUGAAAGGCAGUUUGGGAACCGGUAUCCUGGCCAUGCCCCACGCCUUCUCCAACGCUGGUUACCUGGUCGGCUCAAUCGGCACCAUUAUAAUCGGCUUGCUGUGUACAUAUUGCAUCCACGUACUCAUCGACUCGUGUUACGUGCUUUGUAAACGGAGGAAAGUCCCAUCUAUGACGUACACAGCGGUCGCGGAAGCAGCGUUGUCCGAGGGCCCCGAUUGGUGCAAAGCGUUUGCCCCGUAUGCGGCCCACGUGGUGAACGUCUUCCUCUUAAUCUAUCAGAUCGGUACCUGCUGUGUCUACGUGGUCUUCGUCUCUGAGAACAUUCACUUCGUGCUUACCAAAUACUUCGACCUGGACGUACGAAUGUCCACCGUGAUGCUGGCGAUUCUAUUGCCGUUGAUCCUCAUUAACUGGCUGCCGAAUCUGAAGCUCUUAGCACCAUUAUCCGCAGCAGCGAACGCAGUGACCAUCGUCAGCUUCGGGAUCAUCCUGUACUACAUCUUCAGAGAGAUACCAACGCUAGAAGGGAAAUCGCCAGCUGGCAAGAUGGCUAAUUUCCCGCUCUUUUUCGGUACUGUUCUAUUCGCUUUGGAGGCCAUUGGUGUGAUCCUACCCCUGGAAAACGAAAUGAAGACUCCAAAGGAUUUUGUGGGCUCCUUUGGUGUGCUGAACCGAGCUAUGAUCAGCAUUAUUAUCCUGUACGUGGGAAUGGGACUGUUCGGCUACCUUCAGUAUGGUGACGAAGCCGCUGGCAGUAUAACCCUCAACCUACCGUCCAAAACUGAGACUCUAGCCAGUGUCGUGCAGUGCCUUUUAGCCUUCGCUAUCUUUAUAACCCACGGAUUGGCCUGCUAUGUAGCGAUCGACAUUCUGUGGAACGAAUACAUUGGCAUUAGACUACUGAACAGCAACCAUAGACUGUGUUGGGAGUACGUUUUGAGGACUUGUAUCGUACUAUUGACGUUCGGUAUCGCGGCCGCUGUCCCCGAAUUAGACCUAUUCAUUUCUCUGUUCGGUGCCCUCUGCCUCUCCGCCCUUGGCCUCGCCUUCCCCGCCUUCAUCCAGAGCUGUACUUACUGGUACUUCGUGUCCGACCAAGAGAGGAUCCGUAUGAUCAUCAAGAACGUCAUCGUGGUACUCUUCGGAGCUCUGGGCCUGGUCGUGGGCACUUGGACCUCUCUAGAUGGCAUCAUUCAACGCUUCACCACUCACACGAUCCUGAACGCUACCCUCGCCGCUGAAGGUGCUUUACCAAACGACACACUGAGCGUUAUGCCGUAA